CUCUACUUUGCGCCAAUGCUCCUGACUCGUUCACAAGGUUUUGCCGUCCAAAGGCAUUGGGGGAUUAAGAUACACACCAAGCAAUCUAAAGGAAAAAUCUCCAAAUAUUACUACUUUAAAGGACUAAAACGUAAUUUAGCAGAAUCACGACUCUUCCGGUUUAGUGAGUUCUUCUUCUCCCACCACUGCUUGCUGUUAUCGCCGGCGUUCAGCAAUCCCCGAAAGAAGCAUCAGAAGAAAAUGUACGGAGACGCUACGAAUUGGAACGAGGAUGAGUAUAGAGAAUCAAUCCUGAAGGAACGAGAGAUUCAGACUCGUACCGUCUUUCGAACCGCCUGGGCUCCAAAUCCUAAUCCGGACGCCUUUGUUGUCGCUUCCAGCGACGGAACCCUAGCUUUCCACUCGAUGAGCUCUCUCGUUUCCCAAUCGGCGGCGUUUGGGUACUCGAAAGGUGAGGACUUUAUGGUGGCUGUACCUGAGGGAAUGGUUAGGGCACACGAAGGGCCCGCGUAUGAUGUCAAGUUCUAUGGCGAAGACGAGGAUGCUUUGCUCCUCAGUUGUGGGGAUGAUGGUAGAGUUCGAGGAUGGAAAUGGAGAGACUUUGCUGAUUCUACAGAGAACCAUGUCAAGCCAUUGCUUGAAUUGACUAAUCCACAGCACAAAGGUCCUUGGGGUGCUCUUUCACCAAUGCCCGAGAUCAAUGCCAUUUCUGUUGAUCCCCAGUCAGGAAGUGUUUAUACAGCUGCUGGUGAUUCUUGCGCAUAUUGUUGGGACAUGGAAAGUGGUAAAAUAAAAAUGAUCUUCAAGGGCCAUUCAGACUAUUUGCAUUCUCUAGUUUCGCGUAGUUCUGCAAGCCAGAUAUUGACGGGUUCGGAGGAUGGGACGGCAAGAAUCUGGGAUUGCAAAACAGGGAAAUGCAUUAAAGUGAUUGGCUGCCAGGAAAAGAAGUCCCGGUUUCGCAUUAGUUCUAUGGCUCUCGAUGAAAGUGAAAGUUGGUUGGCAUGUGGACAGGGUAAAAAUAUAGCUGUAUGGAAUCUUCCUGCCUCAGAAUGCGUAUCAACAAUAUCCUCCCCUGCUCAUGUACAAGAUGUGAUGUUUGAUGAAAAGCAAAUUUUGAGUGUAGGAGCAGAACCACUUCUAAGGCGUUUCGACUUAAAUGGAGCUUUGCUUUCUCAAAUUCAGUGUGCUCCUAGUUCAGCAUUUUCAGUUUCCUUGCAUCCAACAGGAGAGUAUCACGGGGACGUCAGAUUGAUUGACGUAUCCGUACUGGAGACGUUUCCGGGACGGGGACACAUUGGGGACGGCACGGGGACACUUAGGAGAGGGAAACAUUAAUUAUGGAAUUUUGCAGACCAGAUUUGCUUUUUUAUUAUCCUUUCUUAAGCUUAUCACUUUACUUUUCUUCCAAAUUAAAGAUAAAAAUAUAAGUUUAUACUAGAUUUUGAAUUUAUAGCCUUUUUUCUAAUCUUUUUAAUUUAUAAAUUUUUAUUUGAUAAGAUUUACAGUGAUAUUUUUAGUAUAUAAAUAUACAUAUAUAAUAUAUUUAUUGAUAUAUAUAUUUACUGUACCCGUACCCCUAAUUUUUUAGUUUUGCCGUUUUCCGUCCCCGCUUCCGUAACCGUAUCUGUCUCCGUAUCCGUCUGGGUGCAACAUAGAGUAUAAGCUCUUGAUGUUUUAACCGCUUGAUCC